UGUGGAAAUAACCGAGUCUGAUUGGCCAAUGAAUCCUGCCCUACCUAUCGAUAUGAUGUACCUACGUAUCUUUAACCGCAUCUUCGAUAAUUUUUCUGGAGUUCAAUUGACUUCAUUCAAUACCAGCGCCGACAAGUAACCUCCAAUUCGAAAUCGGUCAAGUACGGCCCUAUUGCGUCGCAACUAUGGCGAGCAAAGGCGUAAGAGGCCUCAAUGAGGCUUUAAGAAGCCUAACCCUAUCCUCACAGACAUGCCGAGAAGCAGUCCCACACCGAAUACCAUCAUCAACAUUCACAAGAUCAAUGGCAACAGAGGCCCCCCUCCCUAAGAUCACCACCUCAGCAAGCACAGACGGCGGUUAUAAACCAAUAACCACCGUCCCCCUCACCAUCUUCAACUUCCCCUCCUUCGAGCCCGCGCGCCUGGAGUCCUGGUCCGCAAAACACCUCUUCGUGCCUCUACGACGGGACAUCCUGCAUCUGGCCGUAAUCUACGAAGGCGACAACACGCGUCAAGGCACCGCCUCGUCCAAGACACGAUGGGACGUCGCGGGUUCGCACCGAAAAGUGCGGCCGCAAAAGGGCACAGGAGGAGCUCGUCAGGGCUCGCGCCAAUCGCCGCUGAUGAAAGGCGGAGGAAAAUCAUUCGGGCCGCACCCGCGGGACUUCGGGACGAAGAUCACGCGGAAGGUGUAUGACCUGGCGUGGCGGACGGCGCUGAGCUACCGGUACCGCCGGGGGGAGCUCGUGGUGUGCGAGGACGGGAUGGAGAUGCCGAUGCCGGAGGAGUACUACGAGAUGGUGGAGGCGCGGGUGCUGAACGAGGAGCUGCGGCGGGACUUCCGGUCGAAGUGGGCGCGGCAGGUGCUCGAUGCGAACGACUGGGGGCGGGCCAACGGGCGCAGCACAUUCAUCACGACCACGCAGCGGGAGAACCUGUCUGCGACGCUGGCCGGGGUGCCGAAUUGGGGGCGCGCGUUGGAUGUUGCGGAUGUGGAUGUGAAGGAUUUGCUGGAGACGGGACGGCUGGUUGUGGAGAGGGAGGCGCUGAAGGAGAUGAUUAUAGAGCACCAGAGCGAUCUCGUCACCAAGGUUUUCGUGGAGAAUGUGAGGAUGCAGAGGACGCCGGAGAGUGGGAUGGUGUUGGUGGAAUAGACGAUGAUAUCUAUUCUCAGGCACUGAAGACCAAUAUUACGUCUGUGUGUUUGGUUGUAUAUUGUAUGAGUACUCUGCUGAGCCUCUGUAACUAUCUAACCUACUCUAGUAGCAAAAGAAACAACAUGAAUCAUACAAUUUGAUUGUCUCUAGAUGGAAAUUUCCUUAACU